CAGCCGCACCUAGUGCACUUAGUGUGACACUUGUGGCUGUAGCUGUGGCUGCACCUAGUGCUGCACUUGUGACUUAUUAUGUUGUGAAGACUUGAGCUCCUAACUUGGAAAAAAACUAUAAAUGACACAUAAAUGAGAGCAGAUAGAUAAGAUGAGUCUUUGGAAGAGGGCACACAAACUGAAUGAUCCCGAUAUGGUGGCAAUUGUGGAGGAAUACAAUCUGCAUCUUUGGAAAGUUCCUAAGGAGCAACAUACGAUUGAGUAUUGCGAUGGGAUUUACCAUAAAAUCAUUGGGAAUGAUGGACAUGGGUAUUGCAAGACCUAUGGAAGAGGAGUGCCCUGGAGUGCGGUGUAUGCACGAGGCAGCAGCCCAUCCCAAUCAUUAGCAGCCCCUUCAUUUAUUGAUGAGAUCACACAGCGUGUGGCACAAGACGUUGAGUCUAGGUUCACUACAACAAUCAAGAACCUAACGACAUGUGUUUUGUUCUUAGAGUCACAGAGUGUGGCUGGGAGUACAAGCUUGAGAGAGGUGUAAUACUUACUGUAGACACUUAAAUUUUUAUGUGUCUUGAUCAUCGUCUGAUUAAUCAAGACAAAUAAAUUUUUCUUGAUUAAUUGGUCAAAAUUUUCAAAUGGAUGUGAGU